CCCGCCAAAGCCAAGACACUCAUUCCUGGCAUCAUACCGGUAUGGGUGUGUCGGCGCUGUGUGAAUGGGUCGCCUUCUAUAAGCCACUGAACGCCCCAUCAGGAAGCGUGUCCCUGGGAGAAUGCGUGGCCAAUGUAGUACGAUUGGCGUUCCCGAGUGAACUCGACCCCACGACGCACACGUGGGACUCGAUCUUGACCGUUCUUAACCGCCAUGCCACCGAAUUGAAUCUUCUCCAGCCGUUGCGAAGCGAACUACUCCACGAGCAUUACCAAGGCGCAUGGGUUUCGGGCCUCCACGGUGGACCUCCCCCGGCUGCGGAACUCGAGCUCGAACGGACGUUGUCGGCACUGUGCAUCGGAGCGUUCAAGGGCGCUCAGCAAGCAUCGUUCAUCAACGAUGUGCUCAGUUUCAGCGAACACAUUCAAUUGACGCUGUUUACAUUACUUCGCGAUGAUGAAGACAGUGAACCUGCCACCCACAGUGACCGCACCGUCACCACCCUCGCAACCACGACAACAGAACAUCAUCAUCACGACACCCCACCUCCAUCGACGCCAGUCCAAUCCACACGACAUACACCCACGACGUCCGCAACCACUCCCGCUUCCUCCUUAUCCUGCUCCAAGAACGAAACCAAGCGCAUGGCCCGCGAAAACCACAUCUUGAAGGACGAGAAUGCGGAACUGCAGCGCGAACUGGUGCAGGUCAAAGCCGCGAUGGCGACGCUUCACGACGAAGAAGAGUCGCGGAAAGAUGCGUUUGAGAACCUCAAGCUGGAGCUGCGCGUGGAAGCUGCCAAGAACGAGCGCACGAUCAAGAAGCAAGUGGACGAGUACGUGGCGCACCUGCAGGCCGAGCUCAGCAGCGCCACGGCCAAGCUGGCCAGCCUCAGCGGCAUCGAAAAGGAGCUAGAGGCCGCGCGGGACGAGCUCGACAUCCUGAAGCCCGCGGCGGACAAGGCCAUCAAGCUCGAAGCGCGCAUGGAAAAGUACCAAGCCAAGCUCGACGACAUGACACGCAUCAAGGAAGCCAACCGGCGUUUAGAACAAAAGGCGGCGGAAUUGACCGAGAAGACGCACGCCCAAGACGCGCAGCUGCAAAAGCUCUUGACGGUGCAGCGCAAACUCGACGAAUCCAAGGAAGCACUGGCAAACAUGGCGGUGCGAUGUCGCGAACUGGACGUACUCGCGAGUCGCCGACAACUUGAACGCAACGCGGCCGUGGCAGAGUUGGACAGCGUCCGGCUCGAGCUAUCGACGCAAGUGCAGGCCAAGCAGGACUUGGUCGUGCUCAUGCAGCAGCAGCAGCUGCAGGAGGACGCCGCCGCCUCGUCGCCUGGCACAGUGGAGGAGCAUCUCGUGGACACGGACAUGGAGGACGUACUGGACCAACUCCGUCGAGAAAAUGCAAAGCUGAAGAGCCAACUGUCGGUUGAAAGCGCUACGCGGGUGGACGCGCUCGGCGACGAGUUGGACACGAUGGCCCGCGUUAAGAAGAGCUUCGAAACCAAGUACUUUGACUCGCAGCGCGUGGUGGAGCAACUCGAAGCCGACUUGGACGCGUUGCGCACGCAGCACCAUGCGACACUGUCUUUGCUAGAUGCGUCCGUGGCCAAGUGCGAUGCCGUGCAAGACGACAUGCAAAAGCAAACACUCGAGUGGACACAAGAGCAGGCGGCGUGGCGGACGGCAGAGGCCGCGCUCAACGCUGACCUUCGUGAUGCUCAGAUAACCAUCGAAGAUCACGUGCGGGGCAUCGAAGCCCUCGAUCGAGACAAAGCGGAAUUGGCGGCGCUGCUAGCGACCCAGACGGAGGCGACGGCGGCGGCCGAGGCUGUGCGGGACGAGCUCAACGAAGAGCUGCUGAAUCUGACGGUGAACCUGGCGGACGCCAUGUCCAAGCUGGAGGAGCACGAGCAGCGGGCGGUCAAGGUCGGAUCGGAGCUGGAGACGACGAAAGAGCUGUGGAUGGCCGAGUCGAAUGAGUUUAAUGCGUUCAAAAUGCAUGCUCAUGAAGUCGCGACCGCGUUGGACGACGUGGCGGCAAAGUACGACGACGCGGUGCAGGAUGUGACGCGGUUGCGGCACCAGUUGGACCUGAACGAGUCUCAGCGGUCCAUAUUAGAGCAUGUUAUAUCGGACAACGACCUCGACUUGGCAGGUCUUCGGGCCCGGACGGGGGCUCUGGAGGCGGAGUUGCAGAGGACGACAGAGGCGUGGGGCAUGGCGAUGGAAGAGACCGCCAUGUGGCGGGCGGUGGCGGCGGACGGCGCCCGGCAGGGGGCUGCAGAACGAACGGCGCAUGCCGCGGCUCAUGUGGCGUGGCGCGCCGACCUCCAAGACGCCAAGAACGAGAUUGAAACCCAAAUGCGCGUGGCCCAAGACAUUCACGAUGCUUUGGAUGCCAAAGUCCGAGCGCUGGAAGCCGACGCUGUGGGGAUCAAGGACAGGCACGACCGACGCGUGGCGGAGCUGGAGACGGCGCAAAGGUCGCUCGUGGAUAAACUCGAGCAGAUGGCCGUUCGUGAGCAACGAGGCGAGCAACUGGUCGCGGCGCUCAAGACCAAGUACCUCGACGAUAUGCAGGCCAAGGACGACGCGAUGCAACUGGUCGAAGUGCAAGCGAGCCGACUCGAAGCCAAGAAUCGUAUGCUGCUGGACAAGGAGCACCACGACGCGUCAAAGCGCCACGUCAGCGCCGAGUACGAAGCUGUGUCGCUAAAGAUGGAGAUGCAGAUGAAUGCGCUCAAACGAGAACUGGACGCCCUCGGCAAAGAACAUAAAGCCCUCCAAACGAAACUGCACCUGUGCACGUGCAGCUUUGCAUGCGACCCGUCCAUGAAAGGGUAUGUGGACAGUAUGAAGCACAUGGAGUUGCAGCAGCAAGCCGAGAGCGAGCGGCGCCGUGAAUUGAUCCUCAUGAAUGCCAAAUUGAUCCAAGAGCAAAAGCAGUUGGUGCUGUGCACGACGUCGCAGGCCCAAGAGAUUCAAAAGCUCAAGGACGUCACCAACAGACUGCGGCUACGGGAAGAGCGCCGGUCGAAAGCGAUGGGAAACGACAUGCGGUCGCCCUUGUCGCUCAAACGAAAGCUCGACGCCCAUGGUACUAGUAGUAGUAGUAGUAGUACUAGUAGUAGUACCCCCGGCGCCAAGCGAAGUCGAACGUCGUCGCCAGCCGCCAUAACCAACUCCCCCAACACUAGGCCCGACAGUGUCCUCCUCCACCCGUCAACCGCGGACGACUCGACGACUCAGCAAUGCUCGCAGCAAUAA